AUUUUUUUCAAAUUGGUGCUAAUGUAUCGUUCGUGGCGUCUGAUUCUUGACCCUUGCUUUUACUACACUGCACAGUAAAAACAUCCCAAUAUUAAUUCUACUCUUUUGAGAUUGUAUAGCAAAUAUGGUUGAUGAAUCACUAACAGUAAUUGUGAGAGAGUUUGAUGUUAAUAAAGACAGAGAAAGAGUAGAAGCAGUUGAAAUGUCAUGUGAGGUUGGACCCAAUCAUAAACUUUCUCUCUUCACCAACAUGUUUGGUGACCCGAUUUGCAGGGUCCGCCACUCCCCUUCUUUCCUCAUGCUGGUAGCUGAAAUUGGCGAAGAGAUAGUGGGAAUGAUAAGAGGAUGCAUCAAAACCGUUACAUGCGGUAAAAAGCUCUCAAGAAAAUCAAAACAAUACAACAUCACCACUCACACUAAUCAAAUUCCAAUAUACACCAAACUCGCUUACAUAUUAGGCCUUCGCGUUUCUCCUAAUCAAAGGAGAAUGGGAAUAGGGUUGAAGCUUGUGAACGAAAUCGAAGCUUGGUUUAGAAAAAAUGGUGCUGAAUAUUCUUACAUGGCAACGGAAAACGAUAAUUUAGCGUCCGUUAAACUUUUCACCGACAAAUGUGGUUAUUCAAAGUUCCGUACACCGUCAAUUCUUGUCAACCCAGUUUACGCUCAUAAAAUAAAGGUUUCACCUAACGUCACUGUCAUUCCGUUAACUCCUUCGGAGGCCGUUAUUCUUUACCGUAACCGUUUCUCCACCACGGAGUUUUUCCCUCGGGACAUUGACUCCGUUCUUAAAAACAAACUCAGUAUCGGGACUUUCCUUGCCGUACCAAGUGGAUCCUACAGUACCGAAUCGUGGCCUGGCCUAUAUAAGUUUCUUUUGGGCCCACCAUAUUCCUGGGCCGUCUUAAGCGUUUGGAAUUCUAAAGAGGUUUUCACGCUCCAGGUUCGUGGCGCGUCGCGCGUGAAGCGCGCUCUUGCAAAAACAAGCCGUGUUUUGGACCGGGCCUUGCCGUGGUUGAACUUACCGUCGAUUCCGGAUUUGUUUAGUCCGUUUGGGUUUCAUUUUUUGUAUGGGCUUGGUGGUGAAGGACCAAAAUCGGUUAAGAUGAUUAAGGCCCUUUGUGGGUUUGCGCAUAAUAUGGCUUUGGAACGUGGGUGUGCAGUGGUGGCUACUGAAGUUGCUUCGUGCGAACCACUUAGGUUUGGAAUACCACACUGGAAAAUGCUAUCUUGCGCCGAGGAUUUAUGGUGUAUUAAGAGGCUUGUUGAGGAUUAUAGUGAUGGUUCUGUUGGUGAUUGGACUAAGUCUGUUUCUGAAUUCUCCAUUUUUGUGGAUCCCAGAGAAAUUUAAUUUAAAAGAGUCUAGUUAGUUAUCUAGUAUUUUCCCAUUUUGUUAUCUUAUUUUUAUGUAGUUUUUUUACUCUAUCCUUCAAAUGUGUAUAUUUUUAUGAAACAUGUUAUCUAGUUAGGUUAGUGUCUUAUUAGAAGAUCAUGGAAAUGGACUAAACGGAGAUAAUUUGGAUUUAUGUGAAUUUAUUUUUAUCUGAAA